UAAUACGUGUGGUCACGGAGCGUAUAUUGACUCAUCUAGAGUCCGUAGUGUGGUUUAACUGGUCUCGAGAGUUUCAGAAUACAAACGAGAUAUCACUGUACGUUUAUAUCCCGUGUUUACACGUCUUUUGUGAAAAGCAAUGUAUGAAUGGCUAGUAAGUUUAACAGUUCUCUUGGUGACAAUACUGGUUAUACGGUGGUUUUGGAGUUUAAGAUCGCUACCUCCUGGACCUUUUCCAUGGCCCAUUGUGGGUAAUAUCCGGAUGUUCAAAAAGGACCCACGCGGCUACCGGAUGUUUGCAGCUCUCGCGGAUAAAUACGGACCGGUUUACAGGCUGUACUGUGGGUCACAGCUUAUUGUUAUGCUAAACGGAUAUGACGCUAUCCACGAGGCUUUCACACGCCAGGCUGAAGUCUUCACGGACCGGCCCCAGCUGUUUGCGCCACUCAUCGGCGUCACAAAAGGAACAGGCAUCACCUACAACAGCGGCGACGCCUGGAAGGCCUUACGUCGUUUCACGCUGCAGGCGUUACGCGACUUCGGCGUCGGUAAACUGACGUUAGAAGCGCGUAUAGGCGAGGAAAUCACCGUACUCGCCUCCAUUUUGAAGGACGCGAAUGGGCGCCCUGUGCGAUUAAAGCCAGUUUUCUUGUCGGCCGCAGCCAAUAUCAUAUGCAGCAUCAUGUUCGGAGCGAGGUUCGAGUACUGCGACACAAGGUUUAUAGAGCUGACGGAAGUUCUAGAUGGGAUCUUCAAACUGAACGCGCCCUUCGCGAAGGAGAAUUUUUUUCCGUUUACCAGAACGUGGAAGUCAGGAAGGGAGUUAAUUCGGAAGAGAACGGCAGCCAUUGAGCGAGUAAAGAGCUACCUAUCUGAGACAAUUGAGGACCAUAAGGCAACGUUUGACAGCACCAAUAUCCGAGACUUCAUUGACCUAUAUUUGAAGGCCGCUCAGGAAGACACGGAUUCGGCACUAUUUACUGAGGCGAAUGUGUACAAGAUCAUCGUUGACCUGUUUCUUGCCGGGGGCGAAACCACGGGUACGAGCCUUGACUGGGCGAUUCUGUACAUGGUAACUCAUCCGGAUGUUCAAAAGAAAUGCUUCCAAGAAAUAACAGAGGUUGUGGGUAGUCACAGACCAGUCGUCAUUUCUGACCGACCACAGCUGACCUAUAUACAGGCCACCCUGCUGGAGGUACUGCGGAUUUCAAAUACACUGGCUUUCUCUCUCCCGCACAUGGCUAGACGGGGCACGAUCCUGAACGGGUACUCAAUACCAGAAGGGACCAUUGUUAUAGCAAACUUGUUUACGGCGCACAUGGAUCCGAAAUAUUGGGCUGAACCGAGCAAUUUCGACCCAAGCCGUUUUAUUAGCGCUAACGGAGAAGUUAUUCGAAAAGAACUCACUGUGCCAUUCGGAGUUGGGCCCAGGUUGUGCAUAGGAGAGCCCUUAGCACGCAUGGAGCUGUUCCUUAUCUUCGCGAACCUGAUACAGAAGUUCCGGUUCGAACCGGUGGAGGGCGGUCGGUACUGCCUGGACGGCGUUCAGGCGCUCACUCUUACCGCGCAACCUUAUGACGUCAUAGCGACGUCACGAUAGUUUUGUUAUUGAACGAUCCGAAUAAGAUUGAAGUACUGUGCAGUCGAAACAUUUUUAGUAUAUCCAAGAUGCUCGAUAUACUAAUCUAAAGGCCAUUGCGGCUAAUCAUUGAAACUGUACCUUUUUCUAUUUUGUUAUGUCCACCUAUAUAUGGGUGAAUUUGUAAGCAAAUAAAAUAAUUAAAGGAUAUAUUGUGUUAAAAUGCAGACUAUUUCCGAGUAAAGGGCUUAAAAUAAACAUGACAGAAUAACGUGUUUGGUAAUUUGUUUGAUUUUUUUUUUUGCUUUAUUCGAUCAUAUUUCCUAAAUGAACGGUAAAGUUUGCCAAUUGAAGUUCGCUACAUUUGAUAAAUUAACUUUAAAUUAACAACCAAACAAUGAAUAAUACGAAUUUUAAAAAGAGAUGGUAUAUGUUUAUUAAAGGGGGUUAUCGUAAGAAAAGUAAACGAACACAAUUAAGCCAAUCUACCUACCCUGAUUGUUUGGUGAUAUUAUUAGAAACAAAUUAAAUUUCGUUUUUGGCCUUAUAUAAUCAAGCAGUGGUUAAUACAUUGAUUGGAAAUACACACAUUGUAUAAUAUGUAAAUGACAGAUAUAUCAGUGAUCCAGAAUAAAAUACAAUAGCAUAAAUAUA